ACCUGGCCGGCGCUAUAAAGGAAUGCACGGCUCACCCACAGUCCCCUGCUGCACUUGUGUGCGCCGUCACCAUGGGAUGCAAGAGCUCCAAAGUGCUGGUGGUCCAUCCCUCUGACGGGAGGAAAAGCGGAUGGGGAGCGAGCGGCAAACCGGGAGCCCAGGAUGAUCUGGAGUCACCAAAAAACAAUGCUUUCAGUGGUAGAGAUGGAUCAGCUUUGUCAAAAGGAACGAUGGAUAGUGGAGUGGGUCUUGAUGAUGAAGGUGUAGGCAACCAUCUGCCCGGCAGAAUAACCGAAAUAGGGUUUUCUCCAAGAAAAGCAAAUGGUUUGAAUAAUGACUUAUCCCUGCUGAAUAAAGAAGCAGUUGUGAAAGAAAGACAAACUUCCUAUGAUAUCUUGGAAGAGCUUAUGACCCAAGGAAUAAUACAGAGCCAGAGCAAGGUUGUGAGGAAUGGGGAAGCAUAUGAUGUCAUGGUGGAAGUGCCAGGAAAAUUGCUAAGAAACCCCCCUGCAAAGCUGGAAAAAUUGAAAACCAUAAAGAAAAAAAAUAAAAGUUUAACUAAGGAGGACAUUGAAGCUAAAAUGAAGGCUGCAGAAGGAAGAAGAAAGACAAAGGAAGAGGAGCUAAAAAAAAGACUACGUGACAGACCAAUGACUGCCUUACCAAGCAUCGCUGAGCAGAGAAGGGAAGGCUCUUUCACUCCUGAUGACGGACAAGAAGCUGCCGCCUAUGCAUCACCUGAAACCCUAGACUCUGAUGCUAUAGAAAAUGUAAUGAGUGGCACAACACAGAGCCCCAGAGCUGAUGAAGAGUUUAAUGAAAUAGGUGAUGUGGAAUCUGACAACACCUAUAAUAAAGCCACUGACCAGAACAGCGACUUGGAAAAUGAUCUCUUUUGAUAGAAAGCUCACUUUAAAAGAUGUGAUCUAAAGCUUAAAGCAUAUCUGCAGAUGAGCCAGGAAACAUGUUGCAGUUUAAAAUUAGGAUUGCACAGAAUCAGCAAACCUUACAAUUCUCAUAAAUAAAAAUUAUCUUAUCUUGCAGUUACAGUAUUCACCAGUUAACAUAAUCCCCAUCAAUGAACUUACUGGAGAUAACAUGCUUAAAUGACAUAUAUUUGCAUGAAAUUAUUAAUCUUGAGAAGUACUUGGUUUACGAUUCUUGUUUACUUUACCUGCACACAGAAAAUUGCACUUUUUUUCUGCUGUGUUUCUUUUUGUGCUGUAAUGGUGGUGGUAUAAGCUGAUAUCCCUAUAAACAUUUGCAUCGCUGCCGGAAAGUAAUACAACCACGCCACACAGCAGUAGAUUAUCCAUGAAAUGUUGAGUGCAUUACUAACAUUAACCAGAUCAUUUCUUUAAAAAGGAACACAUUAUUUACACAGGUUCUGUGGCUUAUUAAACCCAGGUGAAAUGGGUGAAAAGUCAGCCAGCCAUAGAAUAUGUGUCAUUUAUAUGUGUCCCUUAUAAAAAGGAUAAUCUGGCAACCCUAUAAAAGCUGUGUACACACUAUACAAUUAUCUGCCAGACCAUCUGUCCAAUCUGGCUGGUUGGAAUGAAAAUCUGGUAAUGUAUGAGAGCCAAUGACAAUCAACCAUUUGUUCCCAAACAGAGGAAAAUUAACAAAAAUGGUCUAGAUUUAACCAAUUUUAUAGAGUAUUUUUGUCCUUUUUCCUGUGUUUGGGAACAAAUGGUUGAUUGUCAUUGGCUCUCAUACAUUACCAAAUUUUCAAUUCUAGUGAUCAUUCAGACUUCAUAUUAGCGUCAUUCCAGGCAGAAUCUGCUGUCAAAUUCUAUGUUUCUAUAUUUCAGUUUGCAUUGCUUUGUUAUUCUGUUGUAGUUUAUGUCAGAGGUUAUCAAACUCGGUCCUCAAGGCACCCCAAUGGUCCAAGUUUUAAGUAUAUCCAUGCUUGGCCACAGAUGAUUUAAUUAGUACCUCCGCCAAUUUGAUUUAACCAUCUAUGCUGAGCCAUGGAAAUACUUAAAACCUGAACCGUUGGGGUGCCUUGAGGACUGCAUUUGAGAACCUCUGAUUUAUGUUGUAUUGUUAGAAGGAGAACUCUAAAGAGACUGCAAAAUCUAGUUGCUUAGAACAUCUGUUCUAAUACAGUUAAUUUGUGUUUUACUUGUCUGCCUUAAAGAUAAUAUUGAAUCCUGGUAUAGUAAUGAUCUAAGUAAUCAUUAAAAUACAAGUAAUCCUGAUUCUUUUAACAAAUUAGGUUUUGAUUAUUUUUCCAAUGACUAUGAUUAAAUUAUUUUUCUAAAUAA